UCGCCUUGUCUGUGACGAGAUGUUCCUACCGGAUGUCACACUCACCGACCAGUUCCUCGUAAGCCUGCCGACUGACUAUUGCUUAGAGCUAUGGAGGCGAUCAUUCUCUUCCCGGAGCUGGCAUAUGAGGCUGCGCGUCAGUACCAAAGGAUGUGCAGUCGCUUCUCCGUCGCCCCAUCCUCUUCGCGGCCAGCCGCCACCUCCCAGUCUCGCGGUACCACCAGAGGCCGCUCCUCGUUUGCUGGUCGUUUUCGUCACUCAGCUCGACUUGGAGCGGCAUUCUCUCGGCACUACAGUUCUCUCGAGUAUGGAGAGGACGCCUCAGCCGAGCUCGACCCUACCAUUGGGGACGCCCCCGAGGACAUCGAGCUUCGGGACGUCAUCAAGUACCACUUGGAUGAGGACACUUUCCCAGUGGCCGAGCGCCUGCAGAUGGCCAUGUCUGCCAUGAGUCACGCUGAGGAACUCAUACGGUUCACGACAUAUUUAGAGUCGGUCGUUCGCGACCUGAUUCGAGAGUACCGCGACGUCUUUCCCCCGUAUUUCUCAUACAGGGGGAUUCCCCCUAUGCACGGUGUUGAACAUUCUAUCCAACUCAUGCCUGACUAUCGUGUUCACCAUCAGGCAGCAUACCGACUUUCGAUUCCAGAGGCGACGAAACUCAAGCGUCAACUUGAGGAGCUCCUUCAACUGGGUUUCAUUAAACCCAGUAACUCCCUUUGGGGUGCACCUGACCUCUUUGCUCGCAAAUCGGACGGAACUUUCCGCCUCUGCAUUGACUACCGCGGUCUUAACUGUUACACGGUUAAGAACAGCUAUCCCAUGCCCCACGCGGAUGAGUCGUUUGACAGUCUGGCAGACAACCGCUUCUUCACGAAAAUCGAUCUUCGUAGCGGUUACCACCAGAUUCGCGUUGCCGCAGAGGAUCAGYCGAAGACCGCCUUCCGGUCACGCUUCGGCCACUAUGAGUUCACAGUGAUGCCAUUCUGCCUCACCAAUGCACCUGCCACCUUCCAGACGGCGAUGAACGACAUGUUUAGGGACAUCCUCGAAGAAUACGUUCUUGUAUACCUAGACGACAUCUUGGUCUACAAUCGUACCUUAGAAGACCAUAUCAGACACCUCCGCGAUGUCCUACAGCUCUUACGCAAGCAUGGCUUCUAUGCCAAGCUCAGUAAGUGCCGCUUUGCCCAGCRCAAAGUGAACUUCCUAGGACACCAUGUGUCUGACURGGGUCUCCACAUGGAUGACGCGAAGAUCACUGCUAUUGCAGAGUGGCUCGUCCCCACCUCUGUCAAGCUGCUUCACAGUUUCUUAGGCCUCACCAGCUACUAUAGUAAUUUUAUCCAGGGAUACGCUAGACUGUCCGAGCGCUUCACCGGACGCCCGUAUGAGCGCCCUCCACCUAUCAUGGUGGACGGUCACGAGGAGUUCGCCGUUUCCAACAUCGUAUCUCGCCGAGUGACCGACGAUAUCCCUUCAUGCAUCGAGUACCUUGUGCUUUGGAAGGGUUAUCCUGAUGAGGAGGCUACUUGGGAGCCCCUCGAGCACUUGGAGCAUGCCAAGAUGUUGGUGCGUGCAUAUGAUCGUGCUCGUCGUGCUGAGAURUCUGCCCCUGCUCAGCUGACUGACCCUCUUCCUCCUCCUCCGGCUAAGGAGAUUGCUGAGGACGAGCCCAAUCCCUUUGAGGCCGUUCCUCAGCCACAGACGGUCGCCUCCGAGCAUCCACAGCGCACUCAUCGUCGCCUUUCACGUUACGAUGAUUGACACUCUUAUCCUUCAUCUUUCCCCACUGACUCACACCAUCAGAUACUCCAUCAUCAACUCUUCUUCAGGAUGUCAGCGUUUUGCGGUU